UAUGUAUGGUAACAGAAAAGAUUAAGCAGCUCUUCUCUAAGUGGGAUUUCAGUUCCCACCAUUCCGACUAUUGCUUUCCUGGCCGGGACGAUGAGAACUGCAACCCAACCACAUCUGGGAAUCGAGCUGGUGAAAGCCAGAUCCAUUCUACGCGAAAGCCACAGGCAGAAAACAAGUAGUUAUUCCUAAUGGCAAUAUCAAACUUGAUCCGGAACUUUGGUUCCCUGCUGCUGUCUUCAAGUCCUCAUCUUCCACAGAUCCCUGCAUCUUUCCGUCCGCUUUAUCUGGUUAGCCAACUUGAUGCAUCCCGUGAAAUCAGUACUUCUGCCUCGGUCUUAGCUAGAGACCCUCUGUGGAAAUGCAGAACAAAGUAUACCAUUAAGCCCAUUCCCAAACCAAAGACAGGAGGACGAGAUCACACAGGUCGUAUCCGUGUGCAUGGAAUUGGAGGAGGAAAAAAACAAUGCUACCGUAUGAUUGAUUUCCAAAGACUACGUUAUCCAGAUGGAGCAGAGCCUAAUCCAUUUGAGGAAAAAGUGCUUUUGGUCCGAUAUGAUCCAUGUAGAUCAGGUCAUAUAGCUCUGGUGGCUGGAGGGAAGCGGAAACGCUGGAUCAUUGCAACUGAAAACAUGGUGGCUGGUGACAUUAUCAAAACCUCAGGAAAAAUAGAAAGGAUGGCAGUCUCUGCUAAUGAUGGGGAUGCAUAUCCAGUUGGAGCUCUACCACUUGGAACCCUUAUAAAUAACUUGGAGAGUCAUCCUGGGAAAGGAGCACAGUAUAUCCGAGCAGCAGGCACCUGUGGGGUAUUACUGAGGAAAGUGAGUGGAACAGCCAUUAUACAGUUGCCCUCCAAGAGGCAAAUACAGGUGCUGGAAACAUGCAUGGCUACAGUGGGACGAGUUUCCAAUGUUGAGCAUAACCAACAGAAUCUUGGGAAAGCUGGUCGGAACCGGUGGCUGGGAAAGCGACCAGAUAGUGGUUUAUGGCAGCGGAAAGGGGGAUGGGCUGGACGCAAGAUCAGGCCCCUCCCCGCGAUAAAAAGUUAUGUGAACCUGCCAAUGCCAGCUUCACAAGGCUGACAUUAGUAGCUCUUUAGAGUUCUGUUAAAUAAAGUGUAGUUUCACCUGCAA